AUGGAGCGUGACUUCAAGACGAGUCAGAAAGCCGCCACGAGGGCAAGGAAACCAAAAAGAAAUGACCAAACGAGGAUGCGGGAGGAAGCCGAAAAAACGUAUCCAACACCAUCGGAAUAUGCGAGGCAAAUGUCUUUGAACCCUGAAAGGAUAAUGGCAAAAAAUCGUACUCUCGAUAAAAAGCAGUCGUCCAUGUUCACUUCGAGUCCAAGAGUUGUUAUUUUUCGAAAUUUUUCCACGGGAAUGGUGCACACCGUCACCAUUCAAAUUCAAAACACAUCAGAAAUCCCUCAUCAGUUGAGAUUAGUCAAUUCCGAUAGCGUUGUGUUUAACGUGACGUUCAAAGGACCAACACUGAACACGAGAUUGGCCCCUGGAAUGGCACAUACCUACGAAGUCGAAUUUCAUCCUGACGAGGAAAAAGAUUACUUUCAUGACAUUGUGUUCAAAACUGAAGUUGGCUGCUUCGUCGUUCCUGUAAUAGCUUCUGGACCGAAACCCGUGCUGUUGUUUCCCGAUCAAAUCGACAUGGGACAAACUGGGCUCAAAGUUACCCGGACAAAGCCCGUUUUGAUGCGAAACACGGGAGAUACCCCAACUGGUUUCAGUAUUUUUACUGAUAGUCAGUAUUUUGCGGUAAUUCCCGCGAAAGGUUCCAUAAAAGCCGAUGAAACUAUACAACUAAAAUUUGAUUUUACACCUCAAAAAGCGGGAAUAGCCAAUGGGCAUGUUUAUUUGCAAUACGACUCGGGAGAUCUUGUUCGCAGUUCAAUUUACGGAGAAGCUGUGCCUUGUGACGUUAGAGUACGGGAAGACGUUAUUUUAUUGAAAAAUACGUACUUGGGUUUAGCGAAACUAGCAACCAUAGAAAUUAUCAAUAACAGUGAUUAUUUGAUCCGUUUUAAGUGGAUGAAGCACAAAAACAUCGAGGAGGAUAUGCUAGAAAAAGAACGAAGUAAAGCAGUCAUGGAACCGCCAAAAACUGUGCUAUGCAAGGAAGAUUUUUCAAAGGACUUACAAGAUAUAGUUAGUAGACGAGUUUACGAGGAUUGCAUUGAUUUAUUGAUGAGUAAAAGUUUAAUUUACGAUAAUGAUCAUUUUACUAUUUUUCGAAUGGAUGGAGAAGUUUGGCCGUGCAAAUCUUUGCAAGUAUCGGUUAAUUUCCAGCCAAAGACAGUCGGUGACAUUAAUUCUUAUGCUUACUUGGAAAUCGAUGGCCUAGAGUAUCGCAUCCCAGUCAGUUUAAUAGGUAAAUGCUUAGGGCCAGCUCUUGAAUUAAACCUUUUGUCCUUGGACGUUCAAGAAGUGUACUUGUGCUCCACGUACAUCUACGAAGUAGUCUGUAAAAACGUAGGUCCUAUUCCUGGCACGCUGGUGCACGUACAUAAGACUACGGAUUUUGGAAGCACAAUCCAAGUAAAACCUCAUGAAAUCGAAGUCAACGUUGAUGAAUUGAAGUGCAUGAAACUUUAUUUCUGCUCAAAUCGCACCGGUUGCUUCAUCGAACGCAUCGAUUUUUCGAUCAAAGAAAGCUCAGAGCUAUUGUCAUUCGUAAUGAAAGGCAAAGUAAUAUGCCCGUUAGUCAGGACAGACGACGAAGAUGACAUCGAUUUUCAUUUGGCCUCUCUGGGCUUCACGACCAAAAAAUUUCUGGGUUUUCGCAAUCUGUCGCACGAACCCAUAGAGUUUAGCAUAAAAGUCGUUUGCGAUGGUUACGAAAAGUGCGUUACUCACGAGGACUUUGCAAAGGCCCACAUAAAACCACGAUUGCCCUCAUGUCCUCGUCAAUUUUACGUGUGCCCUUGCGAGGGCACCGUUGGAGCAAAAAGCCCUCUUCGGGUUCAGAUUUUUUACACGCCCAACAUUGCUGGCGCGGAAAUCGUCAAACUUCAAAUAGAUCUGGGAAAAAGCUCUAACGCAGAACCACUGGUUGUACCGAUGAGCGUCAACGCAAACUCAGCUUUGUUUGGUAUAACUCCUGAGAAGUUGAAAAUUCGAUUUUGCUUCGUGAAUUUUCCGUACUGCAGAAAGUUGACUGUGACAAAUCUUUCCGAUAUCGUGGGAUACUUUUACAUUUAUAAUCAAGAGGUUGUUCAAUGCUCUUUGGUUUCGAGUGAUACUACCGUGUUGUACUCCUUGUCAGCCAAUCACGGGGUACUGAAACCACAACAGUCUAAAGAAGUAACACUUACUUUAAUCGUCAAAUCUGUCGGAGAGCAAACAUUUUAUAUCAAUGUGUAUAGUUUUGGUCUUGAAAAGCCAGUCAUUUAUAGUGAAAUAACAUGCAUCGGCCAAGGUCCUGUUGUUUCUGCAGAACCAUCUCAUCUGGGUUGGGGUGAGGUUCGAUUAUUACAGGAAAAAUCGUUAACCUUGACCAUCACCAACGACUCACCAAUAUCAGCAGAAUUUACUACUCUUUUGAACAAAACCAAGGAUAUAUGGAAAAUCGAGCCGGCUUGUGGAGAGCUCGAAUCAAACGAGUCCGUUGAGCUAAGAGUAACAAUAUUUUUGAGAGACAGUGGCGUGUACUCGGAUCGUUUAGUUGUCUCGAUUCUCAAUGGGAUCGAAAUAAGUGUGUCUCUUUCCGCUGUUGGCGUUGGCUCGAGCAUUGUUUUUGAUCCUGAGAUUUUUCCAGUCAUCGAUUUGGGAGUUCAUUUUUGCGGGCAAAAUGUAUCUAUUCCAAUCAAAGUGAAAAAUGAAGGAAACAGAUUUCAUCACAUACUUCUAACAAACGAGGAAAAAAUUCGACAAGGGAAAAAAGCUCACCCUGUGGACUCUGAAAACACUAUGUUCAAAAUCGAACCAAAUGUCAUUGAACUACGUCCAGGUGAAUCAGAAACAAUUCAUUGUAAAGUACGUCAGAAUACAGAAAAAACAAUUACUGAGUCAUGGUACAUCAAUGCUACCAUAGAUGGACAGGGAAAACGCGAGGUCCUCGGAAGCAGUCAAUUCACGGCUACCUUUGUGGAACCAGAUAUCUGCUUCGACAAAGAUAAACUGACCUUCAGACUAGACUUGGGCCACGAGAGUGAAACGCUUAAACAAAAAGGUGAAACAACAACAGCAACAAAGUUUGUACCGUAA